CAACAAGCGACGUUGUACCAACUUCUUGGUUACUUGCUAAAAGUACGAAGGCAUAUUGGCCAAACUUUUCUAAACGUGGAAAUACGGAUAGACGAUCAAAAUUAAUAUUAAGUUUAGCUGAACCGGACAAAAUGUGGCCUACAUAUGAUGUUAAAUUUUGUCACAGCUAUGUUUAUUUUAGAUACAUACAACAAAGCACGCAAGGCAGCUAAUCUUCAAAAUGAUGAAGAUCAGACAGUAGGAACUGAAGUUAGUGAUAUAGAUCAUCGAAGGAAAAGAAAGAGAAAUCCGAAAUAUUUCAUAGAGUCAACCGAAGAUGAAUGUAAUCUUCAUUACAAUGUUAAGAAAAGUUGUACAUCAAAUCAACUACUGUCUGACGACAGUGAAAAUGAGGAAACGCUAGAAGAAGAUCUUCAGGCCAAAGUUGCAACAUUACUAUCCAAGAAAAAUAGUAGAAAACCAAAGGUUCCUCAAGACAAGGAGAUUUCUAUGGUUAUGAAAUACAAGGAUUUAAUUAAUACACAUGAUUCAAAAAAGGACUAUUUGGUUGAUGUAAAUAAUAUAACAGAAAGUCACUCACAUACUAAAAUAAUACAUAAGCAAACAGGUGCCGCUGCACACGCAGUAACAGAAGCAAUAAUUCCUAUGUCCUUUCCAAAUACCUCUGGUAUGAUUGGAAAUAAUGUUCAACAAUCAGAAUCUGCUUUACUAUUCACUCCAAUAAUACAAAAUGUACAAAAGGAAAAUAGUAAAGUAAUUAUUACUUCAGCAGACAACGCUUAUAAAAGUAUCUCGCAGGAGUUAUGUCAAUCUACUUAUUUAAAUAAGGAACACUCUGAGAUUACACCUAUAUCAAGUAGCGAGCAUUCUAAAGAAAAUAGGUCUCAUGAUGCAAACUACAAUAAUUCAUUUAGAACAUUUGUUUCUUCCAGUAAGAAUCAAUCAACAAAUGAUAACACAAUUGCCGUAGACAAAGUUAAGACAGAGUUGCUUCAAGAAAUAAGCAGUAAACUUGAUUUUGUAAUGAUGAACACAACAAAAAUUCUUACGCAUUUAGCACCAGAGGAAAGUCUCCUCUUAAGACCAAAUAACCUGCCGGCCCUUCCGCUGAAGUCAGUUAAUGAAUAUGAAACGUUUGAAGAAUUUUUAAAUAAUUCUACGAAUUUCUCUGCAGUGGUACAAUACUUUGUGGGUCGCACAAUCAGUCAAGGAAAUGACUGGCAAUGUGCUAUGUACUUGGUAUCAAAACUGCUAAUAAAUAAUAAAUUGGCAAGAGCAAUAAGCUGGGGAGGUACUAAAGAUACCAAAAUUUCACUAUCAAAUAGUAAAAUUAUGGAAGCUGUUUACUGUGCUGUCCUGAAAAACCAUCCAAAAAGUGACCUGAAGUUGGUAAAAACGAAAGUGCAAAGAUGGCUGUACACCGGAAACCAAAGAAAAGUUUAAUUAAUAUUUUACAUUUUUCUAAUCAUGGACAUAUUAACCCUCAAACACCACACUAUUUUCGUCACUUUUUUUAUCACAUAUGUAAUAAGCUAUUUAGGUUAAAAUAGGGCUGUGAUGGAGGAUUUGUAGUCUAGAUAUAUUGUUUUUGUUCCUUACCGUUUAAAAG